UGCAAAAUGUUGUUUCUACUCGACGCAUGUUUGAUUUCACGGCCCCGGUAAAGCAACUGACUGUUUACGCGUAAAAAUAGCCGCUGCACCUGCAAGUGUUUGUUGGAGAUGCUCUUACGAAUCGGCAGUGCUGGUUUCAGCCGAUAUUUUAAGAGUGAGAUUGGAACAGCCUUGGAGUAGCUGCGUUAAAUCGCCUGACGCAUUAGAUCGCACGCUACCUGUCAGUGUCCGAGAGUAGGAAGUCACAGCACUCAGGAGAAUAUGACUGGUUUGGUAAGUGGGUUCAAUCAGUAUCAGGACCUGGUAGUACAUCACAUUUUUUUUAGGGAAGCAUGCAUCGCGAUUUGGUGUUGAUAGUUAUCUGGAUUUACUUUUAUCCUAGUUGGAAAUCAUAUUUACCCCGCAAAAAAGAGAGUAUCAGGACCAACUCAAUUAUGCAAAACUAACCGCAUUCUCUGACGCUCAUGAUAGGCAAGGAGGGAUGAUUUGAACAAUCCAAACGAGAUUUUUGUUGACAUGAGGAACACAGAAUAUCGCAAUCUUUUCAUAAAGAGGAGAAACUCGGUACCCGGGAGAAUGACCUUAAGGUUUAAAGUCAAUAGACAACAGUACAACACAUAGUUUUUAAAAAUGUCAUUUCUAGCCAUAUGCUUUGUUUCUUCUUUUUGUGCGGGCGGGACCAGUAGUCACAUGGUUUGGUGCCAAUCAUCUCUAAUUUACACGCAUAGAAACUAGCUGUCCCAGUCCGGUUGGAAAUUUUAGCAGGUUUGAUUGGGACAUAAAUGAAAGUUCUAUACCCCAGAUACAUUUUUUUAAUUAUAUAAAAAAAAGAACCUCGCUUUACUAGUACUCCCUCCGUCUUAGAAUAUAAGUGUCUCAACUUUAUACUAGCUCUAGUACAGAGUUGUACUAAGCUUGAGACAUUUAUUUUAAGACAGAGGGAGUAGUUACUUACUCACUGGCGUCAAUUUUGGCGGCCUUGUGGUCGAAGUUACAACGUGUCCAUCCGUCCAUGAGCAGAACUGAGGACUUCUAUGCCUCAAACCUGAGCCACAACUUGGUCUGUCUUUCCCUCUCUUCUUCUUUGGUGGAUCCAUCUGUGUCACCAGCAAUCUCGCAGUUCAGGGGCUUCCAAAAUGGAGCCGCUUCUCUCUGCAAUCGUGGGCGAUCUUGUCAGCAGAGCCCUGUCCAUGGUAACCCAGAGAUACCUGCAGUCCAAGGGAGCAGAGGGGGAGAAGCUCCGGAGGCUACGGGCAGUGCUGCUAAGGAUCGAUGCCAUCGUCGAGGAGGCCGAGGGGAGGCACAUCACCAACCAGGCAAUGCUCCAGCAGCUCCAGAUGUUGAGACAAGGUAUGUACAGAGGCUACUACACGCUCGACACCUUCAGAUACCGAGUGCACAUGGACAGGGACGAAGGCAAGGUGAGCACUCGCCGUUCGCUUGCCCUUUCCAGAUUCAGUCCUUCCAGUACCAGACGUACCUUCUUCUCCGUGUGCGAUGCACCGAGCAUGGACAUGGUGCUUGAUGCCGGGAGCUGCAGCAAUCUUGACAAGAUGCUCAGUAGCCUCGAGAAAAUAAUUGGUGACAUGCGGGAGUUCGUGAUGUUCUUGGCCAGCUAUCCUCGAAUCUUCCAGCAACCUUACGACGCAUAUAUGUUUCGUGAUCAGGUUAUGUUUGGCCGGCAGAUGGAAAAGGAGACCAUUUUGAGCUUCCUGCUUUGUAGGGAGGCUGCGGGAAAUAGAGGUUUGGGUGUGCUACCAAUAAUCGGUCCAGCAAGAGUCGGAAAGAGUACACUUGUUGAGCAUGUCUGCCUUGACGAGAGGGUGCGCAUGCGCUUCUCGUUGAUCGUCUUCUUCAGCGGCAAUGAUCUCAAUGAUGGAAACUGGGCCACUCUAAAGGGUAGCAGUGUGAUCAAGCAUCAGAACCUUGCUUCCACCCCGAGUGGAGACUCACUAGCUGUAAUUGAGCUAGCCAGGGACAUGGACAAGGAAACAUGGAGGGGGUUGUACACCUGGGCAGCAAGCCACCUGAUGCCAGGCAGCAAAAUAAUACUCACAAGCCGUUCAGAGAAGAUAGCAUCCUUAGGAACAACACAGGCUCUUGUGCUGAGUUUUUUGCCCCAAGAAGCUUACUGGCAUUUCUUCAAAACGGCUGCAUUCGGAAGCACAAACCCUAAUGAGCAUCCUAACCUGGCAGCCCUCGGUAUGGAGAUCGCGGUGCACAUGAACAGAUCAUUCAUGGCAGCGGACACCGUUGCCGUCUUACUGAGAACAAAUCUUGACGCACGGUUUUGGCGCAGGGUGCUAAGAUGCUUGAGAGAUUUUGCAAGCAAGCACCUCAGCAUGUUUGGUGAGCACCCGACAAAUCUCCUACAGAAAGACCUGCCUGUGUACAUGUGGACAAUGGCCAAGACAAGCAAUGUUGUCGUGAUGCGUAAUAUUUAUCAUGAGCCCUCUCCCCAGACCAGUGAGGUUCCCAGGAUAACAGCACAGGAUGUCUUGUAUGGGCGAUUUACAUCUGAAGGGACAUUCCAAGCAGUGGCAUGGAGGUCCAGGAUACCUCCCUGCUACACCUACUUGGUGAGCUUCGUCGUGGCAAGGACAGACAAGCACGCGGUGCUCGGUAAGAAGCGGUCUCGGCAGGAGAGGAUUUGAUGUAAAAUGCAAUAAUGUAUUGCUAAUGUGAUUGCAAGUCAUAGCUUGCUGCCUUGCCAAAAAAAAAAAAAACUGCACUGUACCUCUUUUUUAUCAGUGCGGUACAUCUCCUCACUUAUGUGUAGCAGCUUGCUCCAUGGAUCUCCAGUUAUAUCUCCACAAGCUGAGUACUGAACUUCAGUCCACGCUCAGCACACAGCAUAACCGUCUGGUAGAACUGCUUACAAGCCAGAGUGACAGAACCAUUUUAUCUGCAAGGCAUGCUGACAGAGAAAACCAGUAGGAAGAAAGAGGUGUUACUGAUACAAAACCCUUACAGUUAGUAGUCCAACACUACAGAAGAGCAGAAGCUUUUUACAAGAUUUUUUGGCGAUUGUACCGUUUUCUGCGAAAUUACCGCAUUGCAAAUAUAGUCUUAUAUGUAAGGGAAGUAUGCUCAGUACAAUGCAACAUCAAUUCAGCGCACAUAUUUGAUA